AUGGCCCCCGACCGUCCGCGGCGGCGAGUAGUGUGGCCCUUGACCUCUCUCGUCACCGCCGUGCUCCUCCUGCUCUUCGCCCGAUUCAGCGCCGUCGACAUCUUCCCGCUCCGUCUCGUAUCCGGCCCGCGGACUCCGAUUUCUAACGCCGCUGCUUUCGAGACCUGUUCGUGGAAGACACUGCAAUCGCACACGGCACUUCUCGAUGUCCCGCCAAUCGCGCGAUCCGACUUCAUUGCGCGGCAGCGUGUCCUCGCAAGCGCACUGCGUGCCGCGCGCAUCGAUGCCUUUGUGGCCGAGCCGUCCGCCUCCAGCACCUACUAUGCCAAUAUCUCCGCGGCAUUCCACCUCUCAGAGCGUCCAUUUCUCAUGAUAAUUGACAGCGACGCGUCUUUCUCGUAUCUUGUGCCGCAAUUCGAAAUCGGUCGAAUUAAUGUCGAGUCACAGCAUAUGGUUUUCGAUGGUGAUACCGAGAAAGCUGCUAUUCCAUGGGCAGAAGAAGAGAAUCCUUAUGCGGUGCUGGCUCACCGUCUAAGCCCGCGCAAGAGGAUUAUGGUUGAUGAGCAUUUGCGUCACAUGAUUGCUGGGGGGCUAGAGGCGGUUGGAAUAGAAGUUGUGCCGAUGAGUGACGAAGUCCGACGGCUCCGCACCGUCAAGACCGAGUCAGAGAUUGCUAUAUUAAAAGGAAUCAACGGCUUUACACGACAGCUUGUGCGUGCCUUGCAAGGGUGUUUGCACGUCGGUCUCACUCAGGAGGAUGUCGUGGACACAGGGCGAGCCCUAUUUGCGCGGGCAGGCGUUGAGGAAGGAUUUUGGGCGAUUGCACUCUUUGGACCGUGGGCGGCGUAUCCCCAUGGGGGCAAGAGCGGCGCUGUCUUGCGAGAGAACGAGUUUGUGCUGAUCGAUAUCGGCAGCCAGCUGCAUGGGUACGGCAGCGAUGUUACUAGGACCAUCCUCCCGCCCGGUGGUGUCGUGAGUGACGAGUUGAUGGAAAUUUGGCAAACCGUGCGCAGAGCACAGACAGCAGGGUUUGAGAAGAUGCGACCAAACGAGACGUGCCGCAGUGCUGACGCCGCAUCGAGAAUACCAGUUAAGGAACAGGGAUAUGGCCCGUAUUAUACCCAUCGCUUGGGGCAUGGGCUGGGACUGGAAGUUCACGAGCACCCAUACUUGAAUGGCGCAAACCAUGAAAGAUUAGCGGCUGGUGUGGUGGUUACGAACGAGCCAGGCAUCUAUGUGACGAACGAACAGGCGAAGGAGCUUGGCAAGAGUGAAGGCUUCGGUGUCAGACUGGAGGAUCCCAUUCUUGUGACUGAGAAUGGCGGCGUACCCUUGACGGGGCGGCGAGCAGAAUCACCUUGGGAUCCAUGA